GGACAUAGGCCUACCGACUGCCAUGUAUUGCUUUGCUUUGCCCAAACUUAAUCUUAAACAAAUUCUAGGUGCAUAUAAUAAGCUUUGUUGUGGUUAAUGCUAGUAAUUUACCACCAAGUGGCAGCAUACAUCAUUCUGACACGACGUCUGCUUUUCAAACGCUUCAAGUAGGAAGUGAUUUCUUCACUUCGCAAGAUAAACUAUGUAACGUUAGGAGAAAAGUCCAACAUUCGUUCAUCUUUGACUGGUAUAAAACAUGUUUGGCUGCGAGUAUUUACCAACAAUUAGCCGCACUGAAAACCUGCUGGACAUCAGGUUAUGAGCAGAUAGGACCAUGGUCACUUUCGGACACCCCAAUGCCUCCAAGGACACAGAGGCCAUCAUGCCUCAGGAACAAGAACCGGAGAAGAGAAGAUUUCGGUCCCACUCCCAACUAUAUGGAGCCAUCGGGGACAGCAUUGGCAAUUUAGGAGAUACCUGUCCGACUUGUCGGGGAAUAGGGCGUAUUCCAAGAGGACAUGAUCAGCUAGUGGCAGUCAUUCCAUGUUCGGACAAAAGACUGAAGCCCAGCCGCACGAAACUCUACGUGUGUAUCUCGGUGGUGCUGUGUCUCCUGGUCUGCUGUCUGAUCCUCUUCUUCCUCUUCCCACGGAGUAUCUCACUAUCCCCUGUCGCCGUCCAAUCAGUGAUGGUCUUCUUCACCCCAGACACUGUUGAAAUGCAAGUCAUGAAUGUUUUCAACUUCACCAAUGAGAACUUUGCGGAAAUGGAAGUCCUGGACUUUGAUAUGCAAGUGCUGAUCGCUGAAACAGUGGUGGGCAGAAUCAAGAUAUCUAAUAUGACCUCGGUCAAAUCACGUUCAGAGAAAGCGUAUACUGUUGUCAUACCCAUAAUAAUUGAGGACCCAGGCCUGAAUAAUUACUGCAAGUCAACCUCCAUAAGGAUUCACACCUUGUUCUUGCAUUUGCAAAUGACAAUGGAUGUGUCUUACCUGGCUCACUCGGAGCAGCUGUCCAAAGACACCUUUGAGUACAUUGACUGUGGAGCCAACACGACCAUCCCCCACCCUAUCGGGCAAAUGAUUUUUGAACGAUGAAAGCCUGGCAAAGAGGGAUUCCCAAAGUGAAAAUAUGUAUUAUUAACAAGAUAGACUUGUCAAAGGGAAAUGUAUACGUAUUGUAGAAUAUUAUUCAUUCUAGUAUUGUCCUCUGUUCUACCCACAUUAUUUUCUGUGCAAUAUUCUUCUAAAGUAGUUUUCUGAAUGAUUUAUGAACUGUGAAAGUACAUGUUGGUUGUUUUAACAUAAUUGUAGGGAUUUAGAACAUAUGAGAGGUGUGAUAAUGAUUCAGAAUACAAAUUAAAUUCCACAAGCCAUGUUAUGUGUAUUUUAAAGUUUACUGCAUUGAUAUUCAAUAUGCAAUUGGCUUGUAAUUCCAUGAACCUUCAUGAACCUUCUUAUAUAACAGGGUAAAUAAUAUUUCCUAAGUGUUACCAUGAUUUGACUGUGAGAGGAAUGGUGCAUGUCCCAGUGCAUGAUGGUUACAGCUACAGAUGUUGAUGUACUGUAGGAGUGGUUGUUGUUGCCAUGGAGAGCCUCUUACAAUAAGGUGGUGCUGUCAUGCUGUCCUUAGCAACCACUGCUGGGAGUACUGGAUGGACUGAAACACAUCAAACAACCAUCUUCAUAAAUCUGAUGUCAUCAACA